AUGCCUCCUUUUAAAGAUGAAUGGGUCUUCAUCAUUGCGCCAGGCUCGAAAUACACAAAUGUUCAGCUCGGUCUCCCCGAGAGUUUCACGCCGCCGCAGCGCCGUUUUGCGACACGCAUGUUCCCUGGACUGAGACCUGGAGAAUGGGAACCCAUCCGAAUUGAAACGCGACCGAAGGUGAAGGCGGCGGAAGUGCACAAACCGGCUCAUACCAAUGGUGUCGCCGAUACCGGGAGCGUCGUGGUCAACGGCGAGUCGACUGCAGCUGAUGCGCCUGUGCCUACCAGCGCCGAUGUCGAAAUGUCUGAAGCGCCCGCAGCAGGAAGCGAUGCAGCAGCACAGCCUACUAACGGCACAGACAAUGCGCCGGAAACCGAGACUGAGCAGCCGACCACGACACAAGAAGAUGAAGUUGAGUACGAGGAUGAUCCCUACUCCGAGGAGGGCGCUGUUUAUCCAAUCGUGGAGGGUCGUGUCGAGAAUUGGCCGUGCUUUUUCGCGUUGCUCUCGCAUAUAUGGAAGACCAUGGGCCCGCAUUUUGUGUCGCCCUUGAUUGUCAUAUCACAGCCAUGCUGGACAGCGCGAGACAAGGAGAUGAUUACACAGUAUUUCUUCCAGGACCACAGGAUACCUGCAUUCUGCAUGAUGGACUCGGCGCUGGCUGCGUGUUAUGCGUAUGGUAUUCCGAGUGGCCUGGUCAUCGAUGUCGGGCUCGACAAGUGCGACGUCUCUGCGGUCACGGACUUCACAGUCAAUGAGGCUGGGCGAGGCGUGGCAUUGUCAGGCUGUGGUGGGCGCGCGAUGACGAAACGAUUGCAAGAGGCCUUGACGCAGAACGGUAUCUCGUGCGACGAGCCUAUGGCGGAAGCCCUGAAGAGAAGCGCCGUUUGCGAGAUAUUGACCCCUGGCGCGGCACUUCCAACCGGCAAACCUGCCGCUGCGGUAGCGGUUGCGGCAACGGCGACAAAUGGAGAAGUCCCUAAUCCUGCUGCUGCUGCGAGCACUGGUGCCGUCGAUUCUGGUGUGGAUGCGAAGGACGCCGAGGGUGCUCGGCCGGGCGAAGCACCAAGUGGACCAGGAAACGGGACAGUGGUCGGCGAGGAAGGUGAGAACGAAGACGACAACGAGGGAGUUCUAGACGUGGCUGCAAUCGUGGCUCAAAGCAACGCUGCAGAAGUUUUGGCCAAGCGAGAAGCAGAAAAGGCGGCCAAAGCUGCCGCGAAGAAAGGUGCCACAACUGAAGCACUUCGGCCAGUCCGACUACGGAAUGCUGAGCGCGAAAAGGCCACCUUCACGUACGACGAGUUACUGCCUUAUGGAACAGCUGGUCCGGAUGGCUCACGGAAGCGGAAACGUGAGAUUGAGAUUGGCACCGAGCGAUUUAUGGCUGCGACUCCUGCGGAGGGUCAUACUGAAGGCAUUUUUGACACGAUAUGUGCUGCAGCUCAUGCCACAGUGCUCGGUGUGCCCGAUGUCACCUUACGAUCGGGUCUCUGGGAGAGUGUGAUACUGCUUGGAAACGGCAGUCGCGUACGAGGAUUUCGAGAAGCACUUUUAACGCUACUGCAAGCGCGAUAUACCCUCUCACCCUCAACGGCGACAAUAUUCACCUCCGAGCUGCCUUCAAAUUUCACCACACCCGUCGCAACACCUGGCACAAACACACCAGUGCCAGGCCAACCCGGCCACCCGAUGCAUCACCCCGGCGGCCAUGGCGUGAACCCACUGCUUGUCGCAGCGACUCGGAACGUCAUGCAUCCAAACAUGACACCACAUCAUCUUCAAGUACCGGGUGUAGCGACGCCCACACCAGACCAACACAUGGCGCAACAUCACCGUGGCUUCAGCCAGUCGCCUACUACCAUUAAGACAGUCAAAGUACCAGACUACUUUCCCGAGUGGAAGCAUGCAUCAGUCUCGGGAAUGGAGGAAGCUGCGUUUCUGGGUGCGCAGGUGGCGGGUAAGGUCAUUUUCAUGGUGGACGGCGGUUCAAAUAAAGGCUUCAUGAGUCGGACGGAAUACAAUGAAUUGGGACCUGCGGGGAUUCAUGAGUACGCUAUGUAG